UAAUAAGUGUUUCGGACUAUAUUUUCACCUGGGAAAAUGCAGAUAAAAUAGGUGACCAAAUGGAUUUGUAAUAUAGUCGCGCGUCACUAUGGUUACGUACACUACAAAUCGGUAAAACUUCAGCAUUCUAUACGCAUUUGUACUAUAUUGAUGACUGUGAGCUCGUUGACCGCAGUGUGGUAUUGUUUCUAAUUAAAAUAUAGAAAGGGAAACCAAAAGUAGCCUUUAUAAAUCCAGGAUCCGACGUGUAACAUUAUAUUUUUUUUUAUCGUUAUAUUAUAAAUAUAUAUAUAUAUAUUAGAGUUUACCGUAACUAUAAGAUUUUCUUGGUCGUUUACAUUAUAAGUGUUUCGCAAUGGAGGAUGGCGGGUGGCAAGGAGAAGAUAUCAAAAACGACAUGGUAAAUGAGAAGUCUAAAAAAUAUGGGAUGUGCCCCAAGCACUCACGGAAGCAUAAGUGAUAGCAUGAUGGGCGGUAAAGAAUCCAAUAUCGAAAUGUAUCAGAAAUUGGAACGUGACAUCAGCCGUGAAGAACAAACGGCACCAGCUCCUGCCUUAGGGCAUGAGAUGGCAAAACUGGAUCGGUUUGUAUCUGACAUAGAAAAUCUAAUGGGUCAGCUGAGUCAAGAACGAUCUGCCGACGUCGAAGUCAUUUCUAGCGAUAGGUUCUCUCAGAAAAAUUUUAAUCCCAAGAUUAUGGACGAGAGUGACAACGCUAUAAAGAUCGUAAUGACAGAGUUGCAGGUGCACAUGAAUCAAUCGCUCGCGAUCGAACACGAAGAAUUCAUAGCUAAUCUUAAUAGAAAAUCAUUAAAAUUACACCAUUUAAACUGGUUAAGCCAAAUGCGAGCUAGGAGCGAAGAAGAAAUAUCAAAACUUAGCGAAAGAGUACAGCAUUUACAAAAACUUUACGAGAGCCAAGAGCUGUUAACUAGGGAGUUAUCGAAAGGCAAACAGGUAAAUACCGAUGAUCUGGAAAGGGAAUUAGACAGGGUUCGGAGUUACCGAGACACGUUGGUCAGCGGCGAACUAUCGUGGAAAGACGCCACGCUAUUCGCCCAAGAUUCGGCGGACUAUAGUCUUACGGCGUACAGGAGUUGGCAUUCUAUGAGAACAGAAAUAGACGAAUCAAUAAGAUUUCGGCAAGCGUUGAGAACGAGAGAUUCGAUGCAUCAAGCCGCACUGUGUGUUCGUAUGGCGCAGACCAUGUUGCCCGGUGUGCAAUUCCCGUACUGCACGUCAAGAGAAAUAUUUGCUAUUCUUCAAGUAAUCGAGUAUUUAUUCACCGAUUUGCAAGUACCCGAGAGAUAUAGUCAUGCACUUGAAGUGUACAAAAGUUUCAAUAAAAGAGCUACGGCGUUAACCAAUUGGCUGAGACAAACUACCGACGAUACCAUACACAAAGACGUGGAAGAAGUCGACGAUCGUAUCAGCGAGGUAGUCAAGAGAUUGCACCGGGAGAGAUUGUUCUUGGGGACAGGGCUCAGUGAGACAUUUACAAAACGGUACGGCAGCACACCAUUAACAUCACGGCAACCGAUGGCCAACACAUGGUUAGAAAACGCCAUUGGACCAAAAAAAGAAUACAUAGAGUUGAACUCUAUUUUGCGAAAAUGAAUUAUUUAUUGUCUAUAUUUCAUUAGCUAUACAGUAAUUAUUUUUGGCGUUAUAAAAAUGUACAUUUUUCUUAUUCUUGUAAUUUGGUCAUUUAUUAUUACUACUACUGUAUACAUAAUAGUAUAAAACCUUAAACCAUUUCUUUUAACUCGCCAUUACGUUUAAAACUAUUUAUACCUCUAACCUUUUACUUUGCCAUAAUUUAUUUCCAUUCACACUCGUCAACAUAACCGUAUUUAAGUAUAAAUUAUGAUGCAACACGUUAGGAUAAUAUCUACAAUAUGAUAAUUAUAUCUAUUGAAAUCAAUCUAAAAAUAAAUAUAGUUUGAAAUUAUCAAUAGUUUCAAUUUUUUA